AUGUCGGCGUGCAUCGGCUGGCUCUUCUGCAACAUUGUAGAAGAGCUUGCCAACAAUUCACAGGUACGUCUUUCGUGCACUUUUUGUUCCUUGUCCCAACGCAUUCACGCGUAUAAAAUAUGAGAGCAUUUCCGAUUAUUAUCCAACUCUUGGCCAGAGUUUCUAACCACGUGACACUUGUUUUCACAAAAGAAUUACUCGAAAACUUCACUCAUCAAGUGUAUGUGACGCAAAAACGUACGUCACUCGGCCCGGAACACUUCAAUUUCUCCGAAAAUCCGCUCAGCCAAAAAAAAAAGAAGUGUUAUCACAAAAUUGUCCGUCAUCAAAAUCAUCUGGAGAAGAGUUGUCUAGAUUUGGAAAAGGAAAAAGUUAAUCGGCUCAAAGUGUCGUCUUUUUCGAGCACAGUACGUACACGUGGACGUUUGGGAAACUCUAAGAGAACUCUAAGAGACAGAGGACCAGUUUCCCUGACUGGGUCCCAAACUUUUGGAUACCUCACAUUCUCACUUGUAAAUGUCGGUUAAUGAGUUUUAUUAGCACAUCUUGUACCGAUUUCGCUGUCUCCUUCAAUUGUUUUUCCAUGUCUUUUUUUUUGGCCUGGACUUUUGACCCGCUUGCAAGGAUCCGAUCGGAUCCAAACUUUGCAGGCUUCUGGGACUUGGAUUGAAGUAUAUUGGGUCCAAGUUUCAGAUCGAUAAAAGAGCCGACCUUUUGCCCCGCCCUACCAGUAGUCCGAAUGUUCUAGUCGAGAAAAAAACCGCAAAUGAUGAGAUUUGCCACCCAAAAAAAAAACCGGUCUUUUUGUCAUUAAAAUAGGUACAUUAAAGUCAGAAAAGUACACAAACUCCUACAAAAACGUUGCACUUUUUCGAGAUGAGUACAACUGUUUUCCGCUAAUCCUCUUUCAGUAUUGUGUGUUUCCGACACGCCAUUCUUCACUGAUCAUCGCGAUUUUUUUUUUGCCAGAAAUUCACUCAAAAUGUCAUCAUUCCCGUAAUUUUCUGAUAUCCUCUCAAAAAUCCGUUCGAGAGCACUCCAAAAAAUUGGAUUUUCGGCGGAUUUUCAGCGGAUUUUUCGGAUCCACCCCCACUCAAAUCUCUCUCGGUUUUUUGAGCAUCCACAACACUUUCGCGCUUUUGCAAGACGGUCCAAAUUGUGCGGAGAACAGGUGCCCCGUCCCGUGAACUGUCGGCUGCUUGUUUCGCCGUAGCAGCGACUAAAUUAGUGAAUGCAGCCCCGGCGCUGCAAAUGAGAAUUUAGUCGCUGCUAGGGACUAUUUUAGUGAAAACACAUUUCCUCAAAUCAUAGUUUCUGGCCUAAAUUUGACCACUUUGCAAAUAUUUGCACUUGACCCUCAAAAAAACGGUCGUUUCUCAUCGGAAAUUCAUAACUUUUGACCCUUUUUCCGGUCAUCACGCGCAGAAAUACAAUAGCGAUUGAGGAGAGACCCUUUUCGGCCCAGAAUGACCUUCACUUCUAUCUCUUCUCAAAAAAGAAGAAGAAGAAGAAGAAGAAGAAGAAGAAGGAGAAAAGGAGGCUGAUCAUCAAUUUGAGAACAAUUUUUUUCUGUCUGCAAAGAAUCAAAUCACAACUGGUUUAGUUGGUUUCCCAAUUUUCUGAAGAAUUAGUGAACAUCUAAUGGCAAUUUUCGUUGAGGUUUUUCAAUCAAUUCAUUGGAUAUUGUCGUUCUACAACACAUUUUUGUUUUGAAAAUCAAAAACAGAAAGGGCAUUUCGAGUGUCCUCUUCAUCAGAUUUCAUCAUCGACGACCUGAUAUUUUGGAGCAUUUUUAGGCCAAAAUCUAACAAAUGUGUUAUUGAGUAGUCUGACCAUCUACACACAGUUCAACUACGUAUAAUACUUGUGCCCCUCCGAAACAAUAUUAUGCAAAUCCCCGUCAGCCCUUGUUUGAUUUUUAGGCGCACCUUUUUCCAGAGCAUCCCAUUUUGUCAGCGGUUUAGCGGCGGUCAAAAAAUCGUCAGUUUUAGUUUCUGAAACUCGUUCAAAUUUGCUUGAAAACUCUGGCGCCGCCCCUUUUCCGCUAUCAUCCAUCGCUCGUCUUGAAGAAGUGACCGUUAAUGACGACGGCGUCGAAACAAAUUAUCAGUGUGAUAAAUUGAUAACAGUUUGCCCCCCUCACUUUUUUGACCAGAAAUUGAGAGGAAAUUGAUGCGAUGCGCUCACUUUUUUCGCCCAAUUGAUAAGGACAUAGCAAGGUGUGGUUGCUGCUUUUUUUGUGUUUUUCUGGAAUUUUCUGAAAUGCCAGGGCUCAUUUUAGUCGCUGCAAAUGAUGAUUUAGUCGCUGCUAGGGUUGAUUUCAGUCGCUGCUAGGGUCUAAUUAUUAUUCGCUGCAAAUGAUGAUUUAGUCGCUGCUAGGGCUGAUUUAGGCGCUGCUAGGGCUUAUUUUAGUCGCUGCAAAUUAUGAAUCAGUCGCUGCUAGGUUUGAUUUCAGUCGCUGCUAGGGUCUAAUUUUUAGUCGCUGCAAAUGAUUAUUUAGUCGCUGCUAGGGCUGAUUUAGGCGCUGCUAGGGCUCAUUUUAGUCGCUGCAAAUUAUGAAUCAGUCGCUGCUAGGGUUGAUUUCAGUCGCUGCUAGGGCGUAUUUAGCCGCUGCUAGGGCUCAUUUUAGUCGCUGCAAAUGAUGAUUCAGUCGCUGCUAGGGUUGAUCUCAGUCGCUGCUAGGGCUGAUUUAGGCGCUGCUAGGGCUCAUUUUAGUCGCUGCAAGGGCAAUUUUGGUCGCUGCUAUCACCAAAAACUUCCAGAAACUUAAAGUUCGUCCUCCGAUUGGGCCUUUGUCUACUCGUGUCCACCUUCUCGACCACCCGGUUCUUUUCUUCAAGUUCAUUCGAAACUCUCUCUCUCUCUCCCUUUCUCUCGCCGCACACUAUUUUCGCCCUGAAACAGAUGAUAACCAAUCUCGUUUCGACCCCCCUCCCCGCACUCGCUUUGUUUUUUGUUCCACUUCAAUUCUUCUCAAUUCAAAACACACACACACACUUCUCUUUUUUAUCUGAAACUAUUGUUUUGAUCUCAAAAAUCAGAACGUGUCCCGUUCCGGCCCGACUAUUCCACAAAUGGUACGCGUCUUUCAAAAUGAUUUUGAGCGCUUAAACGUACAAUAAUCCUACAGUAGGCCCAUUUUUCAGUCCGCCUUCCACAUGGACAGCCUAAUUGUUCCAACUACGCCGGAACCGCACCUUCACAGACCGGGUACGUUCGUUCGAAAAUGCGUUUGAAAAAAUGUACGAGUGUGUAUAUUGCAGGAAACUCGACGACAGAACUGUGGGAAGUGAUUUUGGUCGCCUCGUGUCCCAUCAUUUUCAUUAUUUUCCUCUGUCUUUGUGUCGUUUGUCUAGUGGUUCGCAGUUACGAGAGACGUACGUUUUCAAUUAAUCGUUAGACAGUUUUACGCGGUUUCACAGUGUCCAAUUUGAAAAAUUCAUUUUCUGAACUGUGCACCUUGUUGAUACGACGAGCAGUUAGUUCGAUGAUAACGAAAACUUUUUGAUCUUUGGACCAUGCACUAGAAAUGCGUCAAGGCACCGAAAAGACGUCAGCACCAAAAUCGUUGUUUUUUCAGCCACCCUUCCGUCGGUCGAAGCCCUUCGUCAAUCCUCUUCAUCUCAAAUUGCGUCAAUCCUCCGUCAACUUCCACCGCCACCAAAAUAUGAUAUCGGUAAGCGCAUGCACCGAAAGUGCGUCAACAAAAUUGGUUCAUAGAAAUUGUUUUAGCUUCAAGAUUUCAUACAAAAAACUUCUGGUAGCUAGGUCGUCUGGGUACUGAGUUAUAGUUUGCCCCGAAAGUGCGCCAGCAAAAUUUCCUGACGCACUUCUCGAUCGGCCUUCAAAUCAGCUCAAAAUGGCUCAAAAAUUGCGGCAGUUUGUGAAUUUUGAUCAGAUCACUCCACUUUUCCCUGAUUUUCUUAUCAGCAGACCGUUAUCGGUGCAGAAAUUUAUGGAAUUACUCGGGGUUUCCCCUCCGGACGCUCCGGGAGCCAUUUCAUCAAUUGCAUCAGUCUUUUUAAUGGCUUUCAUUGCGUAAAAGUUGUAGACACACGAAAAAACGGCUGAUAAGGAGAAACAUUAUGAUGGUGGGAAUGUAGCCGGUACUUUGAGGGGAUCUAUGCCUAAAAAUAGACACCCGAAUGGCGUCAGCCACUAUUUGUUGACGUGAUUUUGGUGCCUGGUUUAGUGAGCGCUCAUUGGCGCCGUUAUCAAGUUCACGUGAAGAAGAUGCACAAUCUGUGCUCCGCGUUUCUACUAUUUUUAGGUCAAUUUCGGGUGCGGCACCGGAAGUACGUCAAGGUCGUCGAACAAUUUGCGGAAAGGGCUAGAGUCUAGACAUUCUCGAAUUUUAACGGAAUUCAACUUCAGCUGCUCUUUGUUUUGCUUUCUUGCUGGCGCACUUCUCGUGCAUUCCAUUCGAUUCUAUAUACAUCUUGUUCAGUCUAGACUAGAAGCUCAAAAAAAAAAUUGGCAAACGACAAACUCUGACACGAAGAAUGCGAAUUUUUCAGCGGUGACCUCGGUGGACGCGCCGCCGCCCCUCUACUCGGAUAUUGGCAAAGAAGUGGCGCCGGGCUUCCGAACGACGCCUUCCGGAGCCCGUCCGCUCAUGAGCCGUCACUUCAACCACCAACAUCACAUGACGACUCCGACGGUUCAACCGCUGAACAUUCAAUAUUUGUACCCGCCGAAAUAUGAGGUGAGAUUGCCACUUUUUCGCUGAUUUAAUCCGGUCCCUACGCGUCCAAAAGCACAAAAACUUGCGAGAAACGGUUCACAAAGCGCUCGAAAGAUUCCAAGAAUUUCCUUAUACGACGAGAAGAGCGCAAAUUAAAAAAAAAUGCUCAUUCCGCAAAACAAAAAAAAAGUCAUAAUUGUACGAUGGAAAAGAGUGUUUUUUGAGCUUUGCGCAUAAUUGACGAAAGCCGGACGCGAAGAAGAAUGCACUUUUUGAUGGAGGAGGCGGAAAACCUUUGCUAGAAUCACGUUCAAACGCUUCAAUUUUUGCAGGCGUCCGCACCCGAAAUCGAGACAAAACCGGCGCUGCCACGUGGCACGUCCCGGGUGGAACACGUCGUCGUCGAGAUGGGCGCCUCGCCAACCACCACCUCAACCGCCUAA